AAAGUUUAAGGUCAAGCCUUCUCAUCUUUACCAGUGAGAAGAUGGUGAAUUUUGUUUGGGUAACACCUAACUGUAUGUGACAACUAACGUCUCUGAAAACACCCCUCGUUAGCUUAUCUUCACUCAACACUUCCUACCAACCAAACCAUAACACUAACAUCAUCCUCACACACACACACACACACACACAUAUUUAAUUUCUCAGUUUUUUAGUGCUUAAAUUUCAACCCAAAAAAAUUAAAAAAGAAUGAAAGAGAACUCACUCUGUCUCUGCAAACAUUUUUGCAGCGUGCAACCAUGUUACUGCCUUCUGUUCUUGUUUCAUCUUCUUCUUCCAAAAAAGGCCUAAUAUUUUGUUAUGGAUCUCUUCAAUUAUAUGACAAGACAGGCUUCAUUUUAUUCAAUAAAAACAUUACUGCUUCUGCAGGUUUAUACACUAGACUUCCGGGUAGCAAUCUUAUGAGAAAGUUGAAUUUAUUUCUAUUUCAACCACGUGGGUACUUAAUUUUUACCGGAUAUUAUUCAAUUUUCCAACGAUUAUGUCAACAGCUCACGUUCGAGAAUGGCAACAACAAUUACAUCAACACCACAACUCUUGACCGAGCAAAUUUUUGGCCUUAUGGAGAAACCUUCUUCGAGUUCCCUACAGGAAGAUUUUCUGAUGGGCGUUUGAUUUCUGAUUUCAUUGAACAAUAUGCUGGCUUGCCAUUAAUCCCACCUUUUCUUCAACCCGGCAUUCAUCAAUACUAUCAUGGGGUGAAUUUUGCAUCAGCUGGAGCAGGUGCUUUGGUUGAGACUUUUAAAGGAUAUGUGAUUAAUCUGAAAACACAGCUUAGCUACUACAAGAAGGUGGAGAGUUGGUUGAGAGAGAAAUUAAGCAAUGAUGAAGGCAAGCUGAUAUUAUCAAGAGCUGUGUAUUUGUUUAGCAUUGGAAGCAAUGAUUACACUAGCCCUUUCUUGACUAAUUCCACUGUACUAAACUCCUUCUCAAAGUCUCAAUAUAUUGGGAUGGUGAUUGGCAACCUAACAAGGGUUCUCAAAGAAAUUUAUAAGAGUGGGGGCAGAAAGUUUGCAUUCAUCAAUUUGCCACCCUUGGGUUGUUUUCCAACAAUCAGAAUACUCAAACCAGAAACCAAUGGCAGCUGCUUAGAGGAAGUGUCAUCACUUGCAAAAUUGCAUAACAAAGCUUUGUCGAAGCUCCUGUAUAAUUUAGAGAAACAAUCAAAGGAGUUCAAGUAUUCGCUGUUUGACUUUAACAGCAGUCUCAGAAAAAGAAUGAAACAUCCCCACAAAUAUGGGUUCAAGGAAGGAAAGGCAGCAUGCUGUGGAACAGGGGAGUUUACAGGAGUUUUCAGCUGUGGAGGGAAGAGGAUAGUGAAAGAAUUUGAGCUAUGUGAGAACCCAAAUCAAUAUGUGUUUUGGGACUCACUUCAUCUCACUGAAAUGGCAUACAAACAAUUAGCAGAGGCAAUGUGGAGUGGCACAAGCAACCCUCAGCUUGUUGGGCCUUACAAUCUCAAGGAACUUUUCAGAAUUUCUUAAUACAUAGACUCAUUGGUUUACAUAUACAAAAUAAAGUAGAAUGCUUCUGUUUUGCAGAAAUUGAAUUCAAAUUAAAUGAAAGGCUAGGAAGCUGCUAAUUUCUUGUAA